AGAUCUCACAUUAGGAUCUCAGAUCCCGCCAUGUCGCUGCUGUGUGGAGGCUAUAUUCUCUGCUGCCUCCUCCUCUCCCUCCUGCUGCCUCUGACCCAGACUCAAAUCCCCGCCAACAAAAGUACCCUGGAGCAGGCUAAUGGAUCAACAGCAUGGAGUGUCAUCGUGGGGGACUUCACACCACAGAAUCUUUGUUACCCACCAACCGAAGCGUUCCUCAACUGGAUAAUAUCGAUGAAACAUGUCGCAGAAAGCAUCCCAAUGAACAGGGGAACGUUCUCUGACAAUGAAACUCAACCCAAUGAACUUACAUCAAGCAACUCCGUACUAGAGAACAUUAAUGAUACAUGGACGUCUGAAAUCAUAUGUACCAAGCUCAUAAUCUGGCUCAAAAAUACAGUUGCAAUCCUGCAGCAAACGUAUGGUGAAACUAUGGACAAUUUCUUCUGGGCUAAACAUCGCUGUCUUCCGAGGUUUGCAUUUGAAAUGGAAAGAAUUGGAGCUUCGCAAUGGUGUAACUGGACGUUGGUGAUUAGACCGUACAGUGUCCUGUCCGGUUGCACUGAGUUGGUGAUGGAGUCCCUUGGAUCCUACUGGCCGAACGAAGAAGGCAAGCGUUUGCUGAUGUCCCAGCAUGAUCGCUAUUUCCGGAACUGCACCCUGCCCCAGGUGCCACUGAUGCACCCUCCGCAGGAAACUGUACUGGUUCUCAUCAUCACGCCCAUCUGCAUCAUCCCCAUUAUGGUGGGCCUGGCAGUGUGGUACAAUAGGGGCAGUGAGAACAAGUCAGAAAUAGGUACACGUUCAUCCUAGAGCCUCGUUCACCAUCUUCCCAUAACUAUAAGUUAGGCAGGUUUUCUUACUCCACGCACACGCCAUUUUUACCCAGCAGUAAGUAGGAAACCGGUUGUUAGUCGAUUGGCGGAUCGCUUUUCUGUGGAUAAUAAUCU